CUACUGGAGUUGGGCUUUUUAUGAAUUAUAUAACUGCCAAAUGGUGGACGGUGCAUUUUGUUAUGUGGUUCGGUAGUCGUUAUUCUUUUACUUAUAACCAAAGUGGUCUUUUCAUAGGUGUUCCCUUGUUUGUUUUAGGUUGCCUUUUAGUUUUUCCUACUACAACAGUUCUUAUUAAAAGAUUAAAUCCGAAACCACAGUUUGUAUAA